AUCACGUGUCUUUCUAAAUAGACAAAUAGAGCAUAAAUAAUACUGUGAAUGGAAUGAGAUUGAAUCUCCGUUUUGAAAUUUCAAAUAUUACUAGUGCCAUGCCGUAACGUGCGAUGACACAUGACACGGAGCCGGCAAUCUCAGGUUGAUAAGGAAAUUAUGAUAUCAUCGACAUUCGCAAAAGAUUGUGGAGAUAAAGCGAUAACCUGGGUCACGUUCUACGAGCUUAGCCGGCAGCUAUAGACGUAUAAUCUAUGCCGGUAACAUUAAUCAGCAUUAAUCAGCAUUAAUCAGAUGACGCAAAAAACGUCAGGCACAUAUUUUAAAGUGUGCAUGGGUAUGAUAGACACUCUACGAGAUGAAUAAAGCAAGUAAUAUAUCAUCAAACAUUGACUUGGACGAUCCAAGAUUUCGUAUUAAACCGUACCAGCAAAUUGUAGCUGCUUGCACUGGUGCAUUUAUUACGUCGGUGUUUGUGACUCCCUUGGAUGUAGUAAAAAUACGUCUUCAAACGCAGCAGAAAGCAAUGCUUUCAAACAAAUGUUUUCUAUAUUGCAAUGGUUUAAUGGAUCAUUUGUGUCCUUGUGCAAAUGGUAAAAUGCCCGAAUGGAUGAGAAGGAAUGGAAAAUUCAAUGGAACAGUGGAUGCUUUGAUAAAAAUAAGUAAAACAGAAGGUAUAAUAUCAUUAUGGAGUGGUUUGAGUCCCACUCUUGUUUUAGCUAUACCUGCAACUGUUGUAUACUUUGUUUCCUAUGAACAAUUGAGAUUAUAUCUCAAGGAUACAUAUAACAGAAAGUUCAGAAAAAGAGGUAGCAAUGUUGAACAACCCUUUUGGAUUCCUGUCUUAGCUGGUGGUACAGCACGGAUUUGGGCUGCGUCAUUGGUGAGUCCAUUGGAGUUGAUAAGAACAAAAAUGCAAUCACAGAAACUGAGUUACGCAGAAAUAACACAAGCAAUGAAAACAGUUGUGAAAUAUAGUGGUAUUUCUGGUUUAUGGAUGGGAUUGGGUACAACACUUCUUCGUGACGUUCCUUUUAGUGCUAUAUAUUGGUUGAAUUAUGAGACUAUAAAGAAGAUUUUCUACACCCCGCAGCAAACUUUUACUUUUAAUCUAGCAGCAGGCGCCAUAGCUGGAUCUAUAGCAGCAGUUUUCACUAUUCCAUUUGAUGUAGUAAAGACGCACAGGCAAAUUGAAAUGGGUGAAAAGGAAAUUUAUUCAGAUAAACCUAUUCGAAGUAGCAAUACGUGGUCCAUAAUACAGAGGAUUUAUCAUCAGGAUGGAUUGAAGGGUUUAUUCACAGGAUUAACACCACGUUUGGUAAAAGUAGCCCCAGCUUGUGCAAUUAUGAUUGCGACUUUUGAACAUGGUAAACGUUUCUUCCAAUUGUAUAAUGCUAGGAAAGCCAUUGGAUUUGAGAUGGAACACGAUGUACAUUUAUUGCAACAUAAACCCAGUAGUGCAGAAUGAUAUCUGCCAUAGUAAAUUGUACAGAUCCACAAUAAAAUUAUGUUUCAAUUUAA